UGUUCGCGACGGAUAUCGCAGCCAUAAAAGUUGUUUUGACGAUUGCGUCCACUUUUAAGUGGAUUUAGCACAUAAGACUUGUGUCAUUUAGAUAUCUUCCUCCCCAAUGCCUGCAAAUUAAGAACUGAAGGGAUAUAUUCAAAAUGAUCUGGAUUACACAAGAGAAGAACUGGUCGAUUGUGGUCUUCAUUGUGGUCGCGUGCUUUUCAUUUGGAAUCACAAACCUUUCUGCUACAAUAAUCGUUGAAACGCAGUAUGGCAAAAUUAUCGGCAAAACGACACAGUUUUUGGAUGAAAACGACGGAUUUCAAACCGUUUAUUCAUUUCUUGGAGUUCCUUUCGCCUCGCCGCCAGUGAAUGAACUUCGGUUUGAACCUCCCCAACGCCCAGCUGCAUGGAAGCCUCGAACAUACAAUGCAACCUUUUUCAGGAACGUUUGCCCACAAAAGAAUUUUUCUUACUUUGAAAAAUCAAUUCGCAACGUUUGGCCAGAAUUUUCGUGGGAAAAUGACUCAAAUGAAGACUGCCUGUAUUUGAAUAUUUUCACUCCAGGAAAUAAGCCAUCAAAUGCGAGUCAUUUUCAUCCGGUUAUAAUGUUUAUUCACGGAGGGAGUUAUGCAUUUGGGACAACUGCCCGUCAUACCACGCCCGGAGAGGUACUGCCCCGCUUGGGCGUUGUCCUAGUCACGAUCCAGUACCGCCUCGGUCCAUUUGGCUUUAUGACUGCUGGUGAUGGCGUUGCGCGCGGAAACUGGGGCAUGUUAGAUCAAGUAGAGGCCCUAAAGUGGAUAAAAGAAAACAUCGAGGUAUUUGGCGGAGACCCGAACAGAGUGACCAUAUUAGGGGUGAGCUCCGGUGGGGCCAGUGUUGGCCUACACAUCUUGUCCCCACUGUCAGAGGGGCUUUUUCAUCGAGCUAUAACCGAGAGUGGCGUGGAAUUUUCACCAUUUGCUUUUAAUUCGGUGAAAAAAGCCAUCGACAAGACGAACAUCACUGCGGGGAAACUUAGCUGUGAUACGACCAGUAGUAAAAGAAUGAUGGACUGUCUUCGAAGCAAAAGCGCUCAGAGUAUCAUCGACAAAUUUGAUUGGCGAAACACGGGGCCCAUUAUCGACAGGUAUUUUAUUUAUGAUACACCCAAAAAUCUUCGCCGGUCUGGCAAAUUCAACAAGGUUCCCCUUAUAAGUGGCUUUAACAGCCAUGAAGGCGCGCACAACACCCCCCAGGAAUUUCAUCCUCCAAGAGAUAUUACGACUUCUGUCCUGAGAGAAUUUAUCAACAACUUCGUGGAAAAUCAUAUACUGCAGGACAACAACAAAACCGCUGUGAUCAUUGAAGACGCAAUUGAAUUCCAGUACACUCCAUGGAGUAAAACGCCUGACUCACCCUCCCUCCGUCAAGAAAUCGUCAACAUUAUGUCAGACUACUACGUAGCAGCUCCCACUCUGGGGGUGUUGGGGAUCCAUAGCGCGCUUGCUCCCACUUACAUGUUUGAGUUCAACCACAGGUCUGCAGAAAGCGAUACAGAUGCCUGGAUGGGGGUAGCACAUGGAGAAAACACGCCCUACGUGUUUGGUGCGCCAUUUCUGAACAGUACUGCGUUGAAUUUCACAAAUGAAGAUCGGAAUAUAAGUCGCUUAAUCAUGACACUUUAUGCGAACUUUGCCAAGUACGGGAACCCAACACCUCACCGGGUACAUGGGGUCAUCUGGGACAGGUUCAACACCGCUAGUAAGUUGUACUUACGUAUUAAUAACAGAUCUCAAAUGGGAGCUUACUACGAAUCGCGUAGAAUGGCGUUUUGGAACAACUACUACCCAAAGAUACUGAACCUAACAAAACCAGAAUCGCUUACGAAACACAGCGGGGAUACGGAUAACCCGAGAAACUAUACCACAUGCUCAAACAUCGGUGUCAAACUAUUCUUGAACACAGGCUUCCUCGGUUUUCUUUCAUCUGUACUUCUUGUGUUGCCAAAUGUCUUUAUCUGAUUUUGAAAUUCUGUAGUAAUCAACCGCAAGGUGAAACAGAAUUAUUCAUUUACUGAAAAGCGGUUGGGGUUUAUCUUCUCAAGGGCAACGAGUUUGCAGGACACUUCAUCGUCAAAAGCUACUCCUAAUGACUCUUGAAGAGCCAAAUUUUAAUUGAGUUUUUUUUAUUUGGAACUGAGCAGAGCUAAAACCAGAAGUCACUGAACUGUAAAAUGCUGGGAAUACUGGAAGGAGAGUAAGCGAUGCGCAUUGUUAUAUACGGAAAUAUAAACAAUUUAUCCCACCAAUUUUGAGAAAUUUUCACCCUUGAUGCCUGUAUUUGACAUCGGAUACAUUUUCCUGCCUGUAUAAUCCUAGUGAUCUCUGGGAAAGCCUUAAAUUCUUUUCACGAAAAUACUUGAUAGUUUAUCAAAAUAUAUACCGGGAGCAUUUAUCUCCGAAGGAAAUACCGUGCCUUAACGUGUUUUCCUUUUAACCGGCUGUAUUUGUGGCUUCGCCUAAAUUUAAAUUUCGAUGUUGUUAAUAGUACGUAUAUGUAACCUGAAUUUUUAAGGAAAGAGCUUUCUGAUGGAGUUUUAAUA